AUGGAGACCAUCACUGAUAAUGGUAAUAACAAUCAGAAGGCAAAGAUGAGCCUUGUGUUGUCAACGGAUGCUAAACCGAGAUUGAAAUGGACUUGUGAGCUUCAUCACAGAUUCAUCGAAGCUGUUAAUCAACUCGGAGGACCUAACAAGGCCACACCAAAGGGUUUGAUGAAGACUAUGGAGAUUCCUGGGCUUACCUUGUACCAUCUCAAGAGCCAUUUACAGAAAUAUCGGCUAGGGAAGAGCCUAAAGUUUGAUGAUAACAAGCUGGAAGUUUCCUCUGCUUCAGAAAACCAAGAAGCUGAGAGUAAAAACGAUUCUAGAGAUCUCCGAGGCAGUUUCACUGAAGAAAAUAGCAAUCCAACUAACGAAGGGUUGCAAAUCACGGAGGCUUUACAAAUGCAGAUGGAAGUUCAGAAGAAACUUCAUGAACAGAUCGAAGUUCAGAGGCAUUUACAAGUGAAGAUUGAGGCGCAAGGAAAGUAUUUACAGUCAGUUUUAAUGAAAGCUCAACAAACUCUCGCUGGCUACACAUCUUCUACUCUUGGCAUGGACUUUGCGAGAAACGAGCUCUCGAGAUUAGCUUCAAUGGUGAAUCCAAGUUCUUCGUUCUCAGAGCUAACGCAAGCGGAAGAAUACGAAGAAGCAGAGGAUGUGGAAGAAGGUUUCUUGUAUUGCAAGAAACCACAAAACAGAGGAAUUAGGCAGCCGAGAUACUCAGUUGAGAGCUCGUUGACAUCCUCAGAGAGCUCGGAGACGAAACAGGAUGAUAAUAGUGAGCAGAGGAAAUCAGUGGAGCUUCCGUUGAUGGAGAUCAAAUCGGAAGUGAUGAAUGAAAAGAAGAGAAGUCUAAACGACGUCGUUUGCGUGGAGCAGCAGCCUCUAAAGAAGAGAGAUUUUGGAGUUGAUGAUGAUGAGCAGCACUUGAGGCUAAGUUUGAAUAGUUACAAGAAAGACAUGGGGACGUGUCCGAACAUAGGACUAGGGUUUAACUGA